GAGGGGACCGCCAGAGAGCAGUCCGUCUCCGUUGGAUGCGCUGUUGGUCGUUCUGGUUUUAAAGCUCCAUCCUCGGCACACAGCGCCCCUUCCCCAGUCCGUCAAAACCUGAAGGACUAUGACUGAUAGAGCCAUCUCCCAAUUCAAGGUGAUCCAGUUUGGAAGAUAAAACAUCUGUGACCAGUGCAUCCUACACCCCCUCCAGAUAAAAUGAGGACUAUCUCAUUGGGCAUUGUAUGGCUGUGUCUUGGCCUGUCCCUGGAUGCUUUGUCUUUGAACGGACGGAGAAGAGAGACAGUAGAUGGAGAGAAAACUGGCGCAGCGAUCAGAGGAGAGAAGCUGCUCAAAAGAGUGAGACGCGGCUGGAUGUGGAACCAGUUUUUCCUGCAGGAGGAGUACACAGGCAGCGACUACCAGUACAUUGGCAAGCUCCAGUCGGACCAGGACAACGGCAGUGGCUUAGUCAAGUACGUUCUGUCCGGCGAGGGGGCCGGCACCCUCUUCGUCCUCGAUGAGAAUAAUGGUGACCUGCACGCAACUCGCCGCCUGGACCGCGAGGAGAAGGCUUUUUAUAUCCUCAAGGCCACAGUGGUCAACAAACGGACGGGUCAGAAGCUGGAGCCAGAGACAGAGUUCACCGUCAAGCUCCACGACAUCAACGAUAACGAGCCUCAGUUCAGCAGAGAAGUUUACACCGGCAGCGUGCCUGAGAGGUCUGAUUUCGGUACAUCAGUCAUCCAGGUGACAGCUACGGAUGCUGAUGACAGUAUGUAUGGGAACAGUGCCAAACUGGUGUACAGCAUCAGCCAGGGACACCCGUACUUCUCUGUGGACCCAAACACAGGUGUGAUCCGGACUGCCUUGGGUCCCGACGACAUGGACCGCGAGCAGAGGGAGCACUAUCAGGUGGUGAUUGAAGCUAAAGACAUGGCCGGACACAGAGGAGGGCUCACUGGAAGCACCACGAUUAACAUCACGCUGACGGACGUCAACGACAACCCUCCCCGCUUCACUCAGAGUAUUUACCAGUUCAGAGUUCCUGAGUCGUCCGUGUUCGGCACUCCAGUUGGGAGAAUCCUGGCCACCGACAGAGACAUCGGGAGGAACGCCGAGAUGUAUUUCACCAUCGUCAGUGGCGACGGCAUGGACAUGUUCGACAUUUCCACUGACAAAGACACCCAGGAGGGGGUCAUCACCGUCAGCAAGCCUUUGGAUUUUGAGAAGAAGCCGUCGUACACAGUAGAGAUCCAGGUCCAGAACACCCAUGUGGACCCUCGCUUCAUGUCCGCAGGCUCCAAAGACAUGGCUACGGUUCGAAUCGCUGUGGACGACGUGGACGAGCCACCGCUGUUCGACAAAGCCAGCUAUCUGAUGGAGGUGAAGGAAGACGCUGCAGUGGGCGUGGCUGUGGGCUCAGUCAGUGCCAUGGACCCCGACGCAGCUCGCAGCAUGGUCAAGUACUCUAUCGACCGCCGCACCGACAUGGACCGCCUUUUCAACGUCCAUCCGGGGAAUGGAUCUGUGUUCCUGCUCAGAAGCCUGGACAGAGAGGAGACCGCCUGGCAUAACAUUUCAGUCAUAGCCACUGAGUUCAAUAACCCCCGCCAGAGCAGCCAUGUCCCCGUCUACAUCCGCCUGCUGGACAUCAACGACAACGCUCCCACCUUCGCCACCACAUAUGAAACCUAUGUCUGUGAGAGGACGAAGGCCGGCCAGCGGAUCCAGACGGUGAGUGCUGUCGAUGCCGACGAGCCGUCAAUGGGACACAAGUUCUUCUUCAGCCUGGCUUCUGAGGGGACCCACCGCAGCAACUUCACUGUCCGGGACAACGGAGAUAACACUGCUGGCAUUCUCACACGUCGAGCCAGCUACAGCCGCCUUCACCAGAGCAUCUACCUGGUUCCCGUGGUGAUCACCGACGGCGACUACCCCAUGCAGAGCAGCACCGGCACUCUCACUGUGAGGGUGUGCACUUGCGACCGUGAAGGCAACAUGGAGCUGUGUAACGCAGAGGCUCUAAGCAGCUCUCCUGGUCUCAGCACGGGAGCACUCAUCGCCAUCCUCCUGUGUGCCAUCAUACUGCUGAUGAUCGUGGUCCUGUUCACCGCUUUGAAACGCCAACGGAAGAAGGAGCCGCUCAUCAUCUCCAAGGAGGACGUCCGGGACAACGUGGUGAGCUACAACGACGAGGGGGGCGGAGAGGAGGACACCCAGGCUUUCGACAUCGCGCUGCGACACCCGGACGCCGCCGCCGCCGUGUUGGAGGAGUCGGCCAAACAGCGGCGAGACAUCAUCCCCAGCGACACCCUGCUGUACCCGCCGCGCCGCCGCCUCCACCCCGCCGCCUCCGGCCUCGUCAUGCCGCCGGUCAGCGUGGUGUCGCGGGACAACGGGGACGUACGCGAGUUCAUCAACCAGAGAGUGCUGGAGAACGACUGUAACCCGACGGCGCCGCCGUACGACUCGCUGGCCACCUACGCCUACGAGGGCGCGGGCUCGGUGGCCGAGUCGCUGAGCUCGCUGGGCUCAGCGUCGUCCGAGGCGGAGCAGGACUACCACUACCUGAGUGACUGGGGGCCCAGGUUCAGGAAACUAGCUGACCUGUACGGGGCUGAGACGGGGACUUCUCCUAACAGAGACACCACGAACACACCGUCACGAGGAAAGGUUUUAGUUUUGACCGAUGCAGGGCCGAGGACAGCCACAUCUAACUCACACAAACUCAAUAUUAGAGAUCGUAUACAUAACCGAUGAGCUUUAAGGGUGCUCUCAGCGAUGUUGGGUGAGGUCACUUCUUGUUGACGUUCAAAGUAUUUUCAAACAAAACCCCCACCUCCAAAUCCUUCUUGUCUGUUAUUGGGUGGAACGCCGUUUGUGAUGUUUGGUGGUGCAGGUUGGCGCAGUUUGUUUUUGUUGGCGUUUGUGGAGCCUGGGCUGUCUACAGAGAGCGCGUUUUUUUUUACAGUGUGUUCAGGGGACAGGCAGCCCGCAAAAAAAUUCUUUUUUGUAAAAAACGUGUGACAUCGCUUAGAGCACCUUUAAGAAAAUCUGAAAACGUACUAAAUACAGACGAGCCACAAUCCACAUGAUGAACCAACAGAUGUGCUGGGCACGUUCAAGAACGCCACCUGAUCCUUGACCUGUUUUCACUGCACAUGGAUCCAAAAAAAUGGAGCAUACCAAGUCAUUUUUAACAGUCUAAAGUCUGAAAUAUCUGAUUUUGGGGAAUGGGAACUAAUGGAUGUAGAAAUGUAAAUUAACCAGCGUAACCAGUGAAGCACAAAAACCUUCAGCUCCACUUCUUCAAAGACUCAUUUCAGUCCUGAAUGGAGUUUUGAAUUAAAAAAUUGGAGUGUAUUUUGUAUUGGAAAUUGGACUUGAAAUAUUUUCAGGCUUUGCUUUAAUCUCUCCUGGGUUACCAAAAAAAAACCAUUUUGCAGAGUGUUUCAUGUGGCUUUACAUUUGCCAUUCAAGGCAAACUGAACGGAGGAAAGUGUUGGGAAAGAGGUCAAUCAAGAAAACUCCCCCAGUGUAGUUAUUUCAGGACUGGACCACACACACUUACCUCUGCAGAUUUAAGGUGGAGAGUGUGGGUUAAGACAGAUUUUUUUAGUUUUUUUUUUUUUUUUGACUAAGUGCCCUUCUGCUGCCCUUCGAGGCUGAACUGUGGAUGCCUGUCGGUUGGCUGAGACUGGGGGGGGGCUAAUGACUCUUAACAUGACUGCGUUUUGUCUUUUUCGCUGUCUUCUACUAAAAGGACCAUUCCAGAGGAACCGUUCUGAAGGAUCCUCGCUUGAAAAUCGCCUUCUUCGGGACACAGAGUAAAAAUAUAAAAUAAAAAAAGGACAACUCGUGUGACUAAAUGCACUGAUUUCUUUAUGUUUACGCAGGUUUUUACAUUUUCUUUGGUUGAUUUUUUUUUUUUUUUGUGCUGCACACAAAAAGAAGAAUACAUUUUCAUGGCAUAAUUUCUAGAUUUUUAGCUUAAGUGUAUAUUGUGUCAGAAAUGUGGUUGAACUGAGUUAUAUUGGAAGUAUACUAAGUUCUAUAACGCUUUGAUUUCACUGCAGUCUUUUUUUCUAUAACAAAAUACAAUUUCAGAUAUCAUAUGUUGAACAAUGUUAAAUAAAGUAUUUUCAUUGAGAAUAUGCUUGAUAUUUCCAUGAAGGACAUGGAGAAGCCUUGGUUUCCCAGUAGAGCUGUAGAUACUGUUUGAGUGUAAAUGAACUUACCAAACUGUGCAUCAAGCCAUUUGUAAGGCAAAUAUUUGGGUUUUGGUUAAAUACUACAGCUUCACUAAUCAAUAUUUUUGUAAUAAAAAUGGAUCAAAUAAUUACAUGUAAUGUGAAAGGGUUCGAGUGUGGUGACAGGCCUCCAGGUAAUUACUCUACGGAGUGUUCAGCUCAUUGUUUUGGGUUUUGAUUGAGUCUCGCUGCGCUCAUUGAUCUCAUUUUCCAGCAGGGAACUGGUAAACGUAGCGAAGCAUUUAUCAGCUGAAAAAAGACAGAUACUUUAUUUUUGGAGUUGGUGGAGACCAAACCAGAGCUAAAAGGAGCGAGAAUAUUAGACUAGGGAUGUCACGAUAUAUAUCGAUGUACGAUACUCAAUACCAAAGUCGAUACCAACGUGUGUAAAGGAAAAAAGAAAAGAAAAAGAACGAUAACAACUCCCAGACAGCAAGCACGUUUAGUUAAGUCUGUUUCUCUCUGCCGUUGUUUUUUCACAUAGAACCGAGCAGGUUAAAGUUAACUUAACUGACGCUAUAGAGGUCCGCUAAAACCAGCGCUAAAGUUAGCUAAUGUCAGCUAUCGGAGCUAACGUUAGGCUGCGACAGAGAAACAGACUUUACUUUUGGUCUGCAAGCUCCAGGUGAAGUCGUGAAAGCCGUUGCUGUAGAGGUUGUGUUACAGUAAAGCCAGAGGCUGACUGCGGUCAAGCCGCCGAACACAACGACGGAGAUGAGGCGCGAUUCUGUUUUUCUGUGCUGGUCGCCUUUCUUCUUCUUUUCCAACAACAGUUUACACUUUAGGGCGUAUAUUUUGGCCCCGUCAGGUUCUGGAAGAAAUGCAUCCCCCGGUACCUACGGUACUGUAGAAAAACGAGUACCGUCACGUUUUCAGAAUUUUGGUACCGACUCGGUACCGAGGUACCGGGUCUCCCGACAUCCUAUAUUAGACUUACAUCUGUCAGGUGAACACAAGCAUAACACCAAAAGAAUGCUAAUGUUGCUCCCUAUCUGCUGGACGUCACCAACUGUUUACCCACACAUUAGCCAUAACAAAGAAUAAUGUGAUAAUAUUUCAAAGUUUUAUAAAAUAAAUAGUUUAACAUUUUGGGAAUAUUGGUCAAGAGUUAGAUGUGAAGAUUGAUACCACUCUCGUGUCUGUACGGUAAAUAAGCUCCCGCAAAUAGCUGCUUAGCUUAUGUUAGCUUAGUUUAGCAUUAAGACUGAAAAGGAGGAAACAGCUAGCGUUAGCAUGGCUCUUUCCAAAGUUAACUAAAUUCACCUACCAGCACCUCUAAAGCUCACCAGGCAUCAUCCUUUGUUCAAUACAGAAACCAAAGUGUAAAACCAAACAGAUUAGGCUUUUAUUUUUUAUUUAUUGUCUGGGUGUAGUAACUUCUUAGAGUCUUCCCUGGUUGCCUGGCAAACCGCAUGUUGACGACAAGACUGCCAAGUGGCCAAAAAAAAAAAAGCAAUAAAUGCCGGUUUAGAGCAAAUUAAUUAGCAAAACGUGCUAAGCAGAUUAUCUUGACACCAAACAAAUUGGAGAAGCAACGUGCCAAAGCAUUUUGGAUUCAACACUGUAGAUUGAUUCUAAAAUUGUGGGUAAAAAUGACAUAAGCCUGUUUGACGCAACUGUCUUACACUAGCUUUUUCACAACAGGAAAUCCCCAAAUGAUCACCUGUUAGUGUCACUUUAGACGCAGCAGAGGCACCACGGAUGAACAGGACAACGUCAGAAACAAUGUACCGUGAGUUUAGGAUUUUGCUCAGUUGCUUACGUUCAAAUAAAAAAAUAGAUACUUUUAUUUAUUUUUUUGCAUUUUAGGCCUUUAGCGGGGGAAUGACGUGCAUUUGGGUUGCGCGCUCUACCAGGUGAGCUACUCAGGCGCCCCAAAUUAAUUUGAACAAAUUGUGUGUUGGGGCUCAUUCGUUCAAACAGCCCUACUUCACAGCCAGCAUUGCAGCUCGAAUGUCUUUCAGCGACUGGGAACCUCAUUUAUAGCUAUUAUUAUUAUUAUUAUUAUUAUUAUUAUUAUUAUUAUUAUUAUAUGUUAUUUCCUGCUCGUACUUGUUUUCUCCCAUGCUCUCGCAUUGUUUGAGGAUAUGGUGACGAAGGUAUCACGGCACAGAUUUCCCUCGCUGCUUUGUCUGAGAAAACGAGAAAAAAAAUAAACAGCGUAUUAUUUAACGGCUUUAUUGGCUACGUUAUAUUCAGCCCGCCCUUGUGUCUCGUUCAAAGACAUCACGAGAGACAUUUUUCUUGUUCAAUGUUGUAAAUUAGCCGACACCGGAAGGCGGCGUAGUCUAGUCAUCGUUUGGCUUUGAUGUCACAGAAGUCACUGAAGCAAAAGGGUCACAACCACAACAGUCAACCUCAGCGCUGUGUUUAAAUAUAACACAUUUCAAGUGAGGGACGAAACUAUGAAGUCGGGAUCAUUUGCUGUAUUCCGAUUUUUUUUUUUUGUUAUCCUGAAUUAAUAUCAGGAGUGUGUAUUGUGUGUUUUGGCAGUUCCAGUGAAAGCAACAGUUUGUUCCAGUUGUGUUUUGUGACCGUGCUCUGCUCUGGAGGCUUAAAAAGUGAAAUGUCCACAUAUUUUUUUUCUUUGUAUUGUAAUCUUUUUGUACCAAAUAUUUAUAGGACACGAUGAUGAUGAUGAUGAUGAUGAUAUUCUGGAAGGACCAAAAAAAAAAAAAAAAAAGAUACUGUCCAGCUUCACUGUUUUUUUUUUAUGUCAUUUUGGAGGUGUGAAACUCACUGUGGGCAAUCUACCAUCCGUAUAUGAUGUAUUAUCAAGUUGUAUAAUUUUAUGAAAAUAAAAUUUUACAGUGAAAGAAA